GCUACAGAAUACCUAUGCAGACGCAGAUAUUUGAAGAAGAUGAACAAACCUGCCGUUAAAACUAUUAAGAGUCCAUCUGGAGAUUUAAUUGAUUGUGUGGACAUCUACAAGCAACCAUCAUUGGAUCAUCCAUUGCUUAAGAAUCACAAGGUUCAACUGAAACCUAGCUUCAAUCCAAGUGAUAUUCAUAGUGAAGAAUCCUUGACUAAAAUUCCUCAAGAUUGGCACAUCAAUGGAAAAUGUCCAAAAGGGACAAUUCCUAUCCGAAGAAUUCAAAAGAGCCAUAUCCUCAGAGCCUCUUCACUUGAAAUUUUCGGAAAAAAGUAUCCACCAAAAACAAAUAUCAGCCUUGCGUCCGCUAAAACUAGCCAUGUGCAUGCUUUAGCAUUUAUAAUAAAUAAUGGUCCACACUAUGGAUCUCGGUGUGACAUAAACUUAUGGAAGCCUAGAGUAGAACCUUCUGAAUUUAGCCUUGCUCAGAUGUGGAUCGUAUCGAAUGAUGAUCUUCAUAAUACCGUUGAAGCAGGACUAAUAUGUAUCAUCUUCGAACUUCAAGUCCAGAAAUUUGUCAAUGAUGUGAGAUUUGGACAGCUUCUCCUCAUCCUUGUACUGGUCCUCCAUAGCAUUCCAGAUUUCCUUUGCAGAAGGCUUGUUGGUGCAGAUGCUUAUCAGACUAUUGGAUGUUACAAUCUGCUAUGCCAAGGGUUCAUUCAGACCAGCAACGCAAUGGCUCUCGAUGCAAAAUUUGCACCAGUAUCUACAUAUGGUGGUAAACAAUUCCUCGUUACAUUCCAAAUCUUAAAGUCGACGACGCAAAUGGGAAGCGGGCAUUUUUCGAGCGAAGGGCAUCAGAGAGCCGCGUACGUUAGAAACAUCGUUACUCUGGACGAAAAGGGAGCUCCUGUGAGAGCGAGCGGCAUGAAGACGAUAGUCGAGAGCCCAAACUGUUAUGACCUGCGGUUUGGUAAUCCUACGGAGUUUUACUAUGGGGGUCCCGGGAGGAACCCUAAUUGCCCUUGA